AUGGCUUGCAUCAGUACAGUGACUUAUUCAGUUCUAAUAAACAGCAGAACAAUAGAUCCUUUUGAGGCAAAAAAGGGGCUCAGGCAGGGGGAUCCUCUCUCACCAUUCUUAUUUGUUUUAGCUAUGGAAUACCUGAGCAGGUCAUUGAAGACUUUGAAGGAAGACAAGAAGUUUAAAUAUCAUCCCAGGGAUGUGCAAUCUGUGCAGAUACUGCAUCAGCAUUUUCAGAAAUUCUCUGUAGCAUCAGGAGUGGUUGCUAAUCCAAACAAGAGUUGCAUCUAUUUUGGAGGGGUAAAUCAGUUGACUCAACAACAAAUUAUGGAUAUUCUUGGAUAUAAAAAAGGGAGAAUUGCCUUUCAGAUAUCUAGGAGUAGAGCAGUCCAAGUAAAGAGUGUGUUGUUUGCCAUCCAAACAUUCUGGGCACAGAUCUUUAUACUGCCUAAGAAGGUUAUACAAUUCAUAGAGACCAUUUGUAGAAGGCUUCUGUGGACAGGAGAUGCUGAACCAACAAAGAAGGCCUUGAUAGCUUGGGAAAGACUUUGCUCACCUAAGGUUGCAGGGGGAUUGAACUUCAUAGAUGUGGCAUUAUGGAAUGAAGCUGCUAUCUGCAAACUGCUAUGGAAUAUAUGUACUAGAAAGGAGAAGCUAUGGGUUCAUUGGGUACACACUUACUAUGUCAAAGGCCAAGCAGUGUGGAGUGUAGAACCAAAGAAUGCUUCCUAG